UUCAAUCAAAUGUGAAUAUGUUGUGAUGGGACUCUUUGAUUUUAUUGAAAAAGAAGUUUCUUUAAUACCAUUGAUAGAAUGCCAUGAAACAUCAAAAACAAUUCUGAGUAAAAUGAUUUUAUCAAAUAACAUAUUCGUUUUACCCUUGCUUCUACUUAUUUUAAAGUCAGAGAAUACUCAAGAUUGGAUAAAAAGUACGUAUCACGGAUUUAAAAAUAUUGCUGUACAGCUUCAAAGUCAAUCCUUUUCUACCUCUCUAUAUAAAAAGUUUCAACUGUGCAAAUCGACUGUAUCUCAAGCUAAACAAAAUUUAUUCGAAACGUAUUGGCAACAAGUUUUUCAUUAUGAGUCUCAAUGUUUUUGUGAAUGUCUUUAUGAAGAUAUAAUGAAUUGCCAAAUAAUGAUGGUUCGUCAGCAUGAGUUGAAUGUUGAGAAUAACACCAUGUUACAUGAGGCCAUAUUUUUAAACGACGAAAAUUUGUCGCGUACUCAUCAGAAUGUUGCAACAAAACAUUCAGAACAAACUGAGUGUCUUCAACAAAUGGAGAAUGACUUCACACAAAAUAAUUUCGAGAAGAGUUUUGAAAAAGGUCAAAGUCCAUCUGUAGAAGUCACUUGUUCAUACACAGUUUCAUGCAAAAGGAAUAGUGGAAAUAAUGAUCAUCUAGGCGAUUGUGGAAAUAUUUUUUUGAAUGAAAUCGAUAGAAAUAAGAGAGGGCCGUAUGAGGAAAACGAUAUAUGGUUCCCUACAAAGGUAUCCGAUGCACUCUUCACAUUACUCUACACAGCUAACCAUCAUCUUAGUGUGUUAUAUGAAGAAGCUAAGGUCUUGUUAAGUAGUUCAUUUCCCCAUUCUAUCAUGGAAAGUUUUCAAGAAGAAAUUCGUACAUCCCUUGUACACUAUUUGGAUCAACUUGCAUCAGAUAUGUAUUUACAUCUUUGGACGAAUAAGCAUUUGUUCGAUUUCCCUCAACAUUUACGCCUUAAUGCUGUUGCUCAAUGUUUAUUGGACAUAAGCACAAUUCGGUUACUUUACCCGGUUAAUAAAGACUACAGGUUGUCUGCUACGGAAAAGUAUCUUCGCGAAGAGUACUUGGAAGAUAUUAUUGAUCAAAUUAUUUUUACUGAAUCGAAAAUAACAUACGCAGCACAAUGUUUUCUAGAGACCUGUCGAUUUUUGUUAUUACCUUUGCUGGUUUGUCAUAACAUUCAACGUGGGCUUGUUCCUAUGAAGGCAGAGCAUGAAGGAAUGCUAUGUCGUGUGAAUGAUUUAUGUAAAUGUGAAGUUGAGAAAAAAAAAAUUCAGUUAAUAAAAGACGCUUGUCAAGUGAAUGAAGUGGUUUGGGAGGAAAAAGAAAAGAACAACUCUAAGGAUAACUCUGUUGUAACAAAAUUGAACACGUGCUCAAACAUUCAAUCGCAACAUAUGGUUUCACCUUGCAAAAAAACAAAUGCCAAGUCGGACAAAACACCCUACUUAAAUGUUAGCUCUUUUUCCUCUUUUUUAAGAGGACAAGUAGAGGAGCUGAGUUCAAAGGUGUCUGAGGUGAUGAAACAACGCUCCUCAAAUAACAAUCCUUUAUGA